AUGAGCUGUGGCACUAAGUCUUCAUCUAGUACCACUAGAAUCAGCAGUGGUGGUGGUGGUGGUGGUGGUGGUGGUGGAGGGGGUAGCAGCUGUGGAAUACGGAGGUCUGGUGGAUACUCCUCAAUGUCCAGUAGAAAAUACACCUCUUCUGGAGGAAGCGGAGGCUUUUCUGGCAGGAGCUUUGGUGGUGGCAUUUCCAGGAGCAGCUAUGGAGGGGGCUUUAGCAGUGGCAGCUGUGGCAGGAUUAGCCGUGGUAGCUACGGAGGCAGAAUGAGUGGUGGGAGUUAUGGAGGAGGAAUGAGCUGUGGAAGUAUGGGAGGGGGAUUUUCAUCAGGUGGAGGUGGUUUUGGAGGAAUGGGAGGUGGUUAUGGAUGUGGCAUGGGUGGAGGUGGUUUUGGCAGUGGUGGAUACAGUGGAGGUGGAUUUAGUGGCUUUGGGAGUAGUGGUGGCUUUGGUGGUGGCAGCUUCAGUAGUGGUGGAUAUGGUGGAGGUAGUUUUGGUGGAUCAGGGUUUGGUGAAGAUGGUGGCUUGCUCUCCACAAAUGAAAAGCUGACCAUGCAGAACCUUAAUGAUCGCCUGGCUUCUUACUUGGAUAAAGUACGACACUUGGAGGAGGAAAAUUCUCAACUCGAGCACCUUAUCAGGGAGUGGUACAAAAACCAAGGACCCACUGGUACCAGGGACUACAGCCAAUAUUACAGAACGAUUGAAGAGCUGCAAAACCAGAUUGUUGGUGCAAAUGUGGACCUUAACAAGAUCCUUCUUGACAUUGACAACACCAGGAUGACUGUGGAUGACUUCAGACUGAAGUAUGAAACUGAAUACACUCUUCACCAGAGUGUGGCAAGUGAUAUUAAUGGAUUACGUCCACUUCUGGAUCAACUGACUCUAGCCAGAUCUGACUUGGAGACACAGUUUGAAUCCCUAAAAGAGGAACUGAUCUAUCUCAGGAAGAACCAUGAAGAGGAAAUGAAAGGACUGCAAACACAAUCUGGUGGUGAUGUCAGUGUGGAGGUCAAUGCUACCCCUGGUAUUAAUUUGAUGGAAAAAAUAAAUGAAAUGCGUUGUGAAUAUGAACGGCUCAUUGAGAACAACCGGAAGGAGGUGGAAAGCUGGUAUGAAACCAAGAUGGAAGAAGUUAAUCAACAAGUCCACUCAAGUGGCCAGGAGAUACAAUCAAGCAACCAACAAAUCUCUGAGCUGAGACGUGAAUAUCAAAGCCUGGAAAUCGAGCUGCAGUCCCAAAUCAGCAUGAUCGACUCUUUGCAAUCCAACCUGGAGGACACGGAACGCCGCUACAGUUUGCAGCUGCAGCAGAUCCAGGCCAUGAUCAACCCCCUGGAGGAGGAGCUGGCGAGCAUCCGCUGUGAGAUGGAGGGUCAGAACCAGGAGUACAAAAUGCUCCUGGGAAUCAAGACCCGUCUGGAGCAGGAGAUUGCUCAGUACCGGGCACUGCUUGAAGAAGGGCAGCAAGACCUUGUAAUGCCAUCAGGAGGAAUGGGAGGAGGCAUGGGAGGAGGCAUGGGAGGAGGCAUUGGAGGUGGUAGAAUAGGAGGUGGUGGCCAUUCUGGAGGAGGAAGAGGAGGAGGAGGAGGUGGUAGCAUGAGCUGUGGAUUCGGAGGCGGCAGCAUUUCCUCUGGUGGUGGCGGCAGCGGGAUGGGAGGAGGAAUGGGAGGAGGAAUGGGAGGAGGAAGCGGCGGAGGAGGAAUGGGAGGGGGAAGUGGUGGUGGAUGCAGUAGCAUUGGAGGAGGAGGAGGAGGUGGAAGGACCUCAGGAGGCAUCAGCAGUUCCCACUCCUACUCUUCGUCUUCCCAGUCUCAGUCCUGCAGGAGCGGUGGUGAAAGCCAAGGGUAUGGGAGAAAAUCUUUCGACUAAGGACUGAGGACCUUAUACUGCAAGAUCUUUCAAACAGGAGCCAAAUU